AUGACGGGAGCGAGUAUUUGCGUUGCGUGUGUUGAGGAAAAUAAAAGGUGUGAAUGUGGCCACGAAAAACAGGUUAAAGAUGAUUUGGGCUCGGAUCAUAAAGCCUCUGAUGAGAAUAGUUCCUUUCUUCAUUCAGUUAUCAACAUGGUUGGUAUGCUCAUUGGACUAGGCCAACUAUCAAUGCCGUAUGCCGUCGAACACGGCGGUUGGAUCUCAAUCUUGCUCCUGAUAUUCCUCGGAAUCCUCACGACUUACACUUCACACAUCCUCGGAAACUGUCUCCGCCGCAACCCCAAAUCCAAAUCCUACACAGACAUCGGCUACUCCGCCUUUGGCCGUCACGGCCGUCUCGUCGCCUCCCUUUUCAUCUACCUCGAAAUCUUCAUGGCCUUAGUCUCUUACACCAUCUCCCUCCACGACAACAUCUCCGCCGCUUUUCCCGCCACUUUUACAAACCACCACGACGGUUAUUUCCCGGCGGCGAAGCUGACGGCGGUGGCGGUGGCGAUCGCUUUGCCGAGUUUGUGGAUAAGGGAUUUGUCUUCGAUCUCGUUUCUUUCUUCUGGUGGGAUUCUUAUGUCGGCGAUUAUAUUUGGGUCGGUGGUUUACACGGCUUUGUUUGGAGGCGUUAUUGACGAUGGGAGGAUUCCGGUUCUCCGGUUAAGGAAUAUUCCGACGGUUUCGGGAAUAUAUUUGUUCGGCUUCGGUGGACACAUUGUGUUUCCUAAUCUCUACACUUCCAUGAAAGAUCCCUCCAAAUUCACUAAGGUAUCGAUGGUAAGCUUUGCUACGGUGACGGCUCUGUACACAGCACUAGCAUUCACAGGAGCGAAGAUGUUCGGACCAACUGUAAAUCCCCAAAUUACCCUUAGUCUUCCAAAACAUUUACUAGUAACCAAGAUCGCUCUUUGGGCCACUGUACUAACCCCAAUGACCAAAUACGCUCUAGAGUUCGCUCCUUUAGCCAUCCAGCUCGAACGCAGCCUACCUUUGACCAUGAGCGAUCGCACCAAGCUCGUGGCUCGUGGUCUUGUCGGCUCCACCCUGUUACUAGUCAUUCUCGCAUUGGCUUUAACCGUACCUUACUUCGGUUAUGUCUUGAGCCUCACGGGAUCAUUGGUCAGCGUCACGAUCGCUGUCAUAUUACCGUCUGCUUUCUACUUGAAGAUAUGCUGGGACGGGAUGUCGAACUUCACAAGAGCUGCGAAUCUCGGGUUUGUUGUUUUUGGGUGCCUUCUUGGAGUUUUGGGAUCGUUUGAUUCCUCCAAGUUGCUUGUUAAAGAGCUCGUUCGCGUUCAUGGAGGUUGA